UCAGAGCCGUCUCACCCACCCUUUUCCAUCGCCAAACCCGCGUUCUUUUGCCCUGAUUUCUUCUCCUUCCCUGCCCUGAAGGUGGUGUGGCGUUACCUGCUGAACGUCUUCCCCGCCGGGCUGUCGGGACAGGAGCGCCUGGCCCACCUGCGGCGCAAAGCCGACGAAUACGCGGCGCUGAAAUCCCUGCUGGCCUCGCGGGCGGCCCCAGCAGAGCUGGCCUUGGUGGCGGCCGCCGUGCGCAAGGACGUGGUGCGCACCGACCGCGGCCACCCCUACUUUGGAGGCCCCGAGGAAGGCCACCCCCACCUGGCAGCGCUGCAGGCGCUGCUCACCACCUUCGCUUUGGGCCACCCGCGUCUCUCCUACUGCCAAGGCAUGUCGGACGUGGCCGCGCCGCUGCUGGCCGUGCUGGAUGACGAGGCCCAGGCCUUCCUCUGCUUCUGCUCCUUAAUGCGACGCUUGGGGCCGCGUUUCCGCCCGGGGGGCCGAGGUUUGGCCCGGGCUUUUUCUCACCUGAGGCGGUUGCUGCGUCGCGCCGAUCCGCCUUUCUGGGCUUUCUUGGCCGCCCGCGGCGCCCACGAUUUGCUCUUCUGUUACCGUUGGCUGCUGCUGGAGCUGAAGCGCGAGUUUGCCUUCGAGGACGCGCUGCGGGUGCUGGAGAUCACCUGGAGUUCCCUGCCGCCCGCCCCUCCGCCGCCCCCCGAGGGAAUCCCGCUGCUGGGAGCGCCCCUGGGGGCACGCAGGGCACGGCGGGGGCUGCGGGAGAGGAGGGGGAUGCGGCCUCGGCCUCCCCGGCGCCGGAGGGAGAAGCAGGGAGGGGGCGUCGCCGGCAGCUCUGAGGACAAACUGAAGGCCGAGGGGUCGGAGCCCAUCGCCUGCUGUCCUGAGACAUGCAACAAUGACGGCCUGCAGGAUCCCAAAACGAGCAGGGGAAGCUGUGCUGUGCCAAAGGACGUUUCCGCUCCGGAGAUUUGUGGCCAAUCCGACGUCUAUAGGAAGGCUGAUGAGAACAGCGAAGGCGUCUCAGCAGAUCUCAGCUGCAGGGGGGGCGUUGGAGGCCCCGAGAGCCUCGAAGACGUCGGCACCAAGAGCGCCUGCGAAGGGCCGAGCGUCCGCAGAGCGGUGCAGAGCCCAAAGGAGGUCGGGGAGAAACCCAACCCGGUCAGUGGUGACUGCAGGGAGACAAGUGGGGAGCUCAGAGGGGCCGGCAGGAGCUCCAGCAUCCAAAAGGAAGUUUGUGCAGAGCCCGGAGAGGCCGGCGGGGGUCUCAGCGACACCCAAAAGGCCGGCGAAGGCGCCACGAAGGUUAUCAAAGGGGAUCAAACUCCCAAGGAGGUCAGCAGGGAUCCUAAAAGGAGCGGUGAAGUUGCCCAAGGGGUUGGCGGGGACCCCGGUGCUGCCAAAGAGUUCGGUGAGGAUCCCAAAGAGGUCGGCGAUGACCCCAGAGAGGUGGGUGAAGACCCCAAAGAGGUCGGCGAAGGCGCCGCCGUCGCUGGGGAGCCCGGUGACGACCCCACAGAGCCACACGGCGAGGCCCUGCAGGACCCGUGGGCAGGAGGCUGGGCUUGGGAAGACUCGUGGUCCUCCUCUUCCUCCUCCUCCUCCUCCUCUUCCUCGGAGGAAGAAGAGCUGGGUGUGGAGGACGACGGGGCGCCGCUGCCGCCGCCAGCAGAGCUGGGCCAAGGGAAUCCCUUCCUGCUGUUCGUGUGCCUGGCCAUGCUGCUGGAGCAGCGGGAGGCCGUGAUGGCGAGGGCCGGGGAUUACAACGAGGUCGCCAUGCAUUUCGACCGCCUGGUCAGGAGGCAUCAGCUGCCCCGCGUCCUGCGCAGGGCCAAGGGGCUUUUUGCUCGCUACCUGGAGGGCUGGGGGGGAGCGGCCCCGGGGAGCCCCACACAUGGGUAG